AUGAAUGCAAAGAUUAAGGCUUUAGAACUUAAUGAUACUUGGAUUUUAAUUGAUAUGCCUCAACAUAAGAAUGUUAUUGGUUGUAAGUGGGUGUAUAAGAUCAAGCACAUAUCAGAUGGGUCAGUGGAGAGACAUAAGGCCAGGUUAGUGGCCAAGGGCUACAUUCAAGUGGAAGGGCAAGAUUACCUAGACACCUUUUCUCCAGUUGCCAAGCUAACCAGAAUGAGAUUUCUAUUGGCCUUAGCUGCUAUCAAUAAAGGGUAUCUCAAGCAAUUAGAUGUGAAUAAUGCUUUCUUGCAUGGUGAUUUAAAUGAAUAG